AUGGACUCUCCGAACGUAUCGGUCACCGACGACUCGUUGGAUCAUUCCAAGAUGGAUAGAAGGCAGAAGCUUUUGCUCUGGCAACAACAGAAAGCUGCGUCCAAGAAGGAAAACAAGGGAACGUCAGUGAACGCAGCCAAGAUCUCCUCUCCUGCAGAUAUCAAGCAAGGAAAGAGAGAAGGGUUGACGGUCAUCACUAACAAGCAAGCAAAUCAAAGAAACAGUAUCCUCUCUUCGGCCUCCAAAGCAAAAGGUUCUGUUCAAUCUGUUACGCCGCGGAUCCAAAAGAACAAACCAGCGGAGAAGACUGUUUUGAGCGUGGGAAAGACUUCUGCAUCAAAGAGAGAGAAAACGGUUGCAAGCGCUCAGAAGACGCGAGCAGCCGCGGGAACCAGAAGGGCGGCGCAGAAGCAGAAGAGCUCGGAUGAGAAUACUUGUCUGGAGAAUGUAAUGGAGGCCAGUCAGUCGACUAACAGAGCUUCACUUGAUGCAUCAGCUGCUGCAGAAAUGCCUGAGACUCAGGUCGAUGAACAAUCGGCCAUGGAGGAAACUACUGUCGAGUCUGAGAUCGCUGAUCUCAAUAUGUACCUCGUCCCUGCCGACGAUGAAGAAGAGGCGAUGGCGUCGGAAAGCGAGAAGGCAGAGGACCCGAACGAAGAUUUAGAGGCUGAGGUUCAGCAAGUCACCAAGGAGCUGAGCGCCUCCACUCCCAAGACUAGACGAGUUCUUCAGAGCGAAGACGUCUUCACACCCGAGAGCGAUCACGGAACGGAAGAGAGCAACAACCAGACUAAUGUUGCUCCGGUGAACGCUGACGAAGUGCGAAGCAAUCUGCAAGGAACGCAGAUCAGCCCUCUUGCGAACAACUCCACUCCAGACAAUGAUGGGCGUGCAUCUUCCGAUCGAGAAUCCAGCAGCAAGAGAAGGCGCUCAGGAAUGAUGGCUUUCACCCUUUCCGCCUCCGGCUUGACUCCGCUUUCAAGAAACUCUGCCCGAGAUAGGAUGGCGGAGGCGAUGCAGGACGAUCACAAUGACCUUGACCAAGAUAAAUCCAACUACCUCCGAGUAUGGAAAUUCGGAGAUUCAGAGAUUCAUCACCUGCAUAGCCCUUCCAAAGACAGCUCGCAGGGAACUGCCCCGUCUUCGGACGAUUCUGACGCAGCCGGUGCUCUCUCGCUAACUGGAUCGGCCGCUAAGAGCAUCUCCUUUGACAAUGCCAGCGACCGAUUGGGAACUAACGACGAAGUCGUGCUUCCUCGAACGCCCGGCAGCGCCAUGAGACCCGCUCUCUCCCCCAUCCCGCAGGAGGAGGAGGAAGACGAUGAGGCAGAGGGAAGGAAACAAUCCAUGGAAGGAGCUCAAGAGAAUCGCACCGUUGCUGCUGUCACUCCCGGGGGGCACAGGAGGAGGACGGGGAUCUCGGGCACUCCGAUGAGGCUCUCCCACCUCGUCCAGGACACGAUCUCGAGCUCUUGCAAGAAGAAGCGGGCGAGACAGAGCCAAGACGUCGCACACUCCUCUGAUCUCAACACGGAGACAUCUGGCUCCAUCAUCGAGCGGGCGAAAGUCCGUGCAACGGCAGCGCAAAAGGAAGAGCUGGGAACAGACUAUGUCUUGACUCCCGUCCGAAGAUCUGGGAGGAAGAAGAGCGGAUGGAGCAUCGAGGAUGCCACUUGCAUCCGUGAAGAGCUCAUGACAACCGGGUAUGCCUAUCAGCCCAACAAAGCGCUUUCGAUGCUGGACGCUUUUGACAACGCUAAGGAUUCUCCCACCGCUGAGCCACAAGAGGCAGUAGCCAGCCCCCUGCCCGAGCAGACGCCAAAGAGAUCGGCGAGGAAGAAGAAGGAAGAGGCCCCGCUAUCCAGCCCCAGCGACCCCCCGAGGUCCACUCGACGAACUUCGAGGGCGUCAACGACCCCCGGGAAAGAGGUGGGGGAUCCUUCGUCCAUCGCGAAGAAGCGACAGCAGCUCAAGGCAAAGCUCGCAGCAGGUUUGACUCCUGCUUCUCUCUCGUUGAAGACUGAUGCUGGGUUGCAGCAUCUCCCCUUCACAGUCCGAGAAAGUGAUGAGACAGCAACGACAAGUCUCGGCAAGUGUUACUAA